AAAAAAAAUAUUCAGGACACCAAUGCUGGGAACGUGGGCUUACGCGCCGCGGCUCUUCGGUACCUGCGGGUCUUCUCCCUCCUCUGCUUCCAAGAUCAGCGCAGCUCGUGCUCCAAUGGCGUCUCCUUCCUCAGUUAGGAUCGCAGUCGUCGGCGACGUUCACGACCAAUGGAAUCUUGAAGAAGAUACUAAAGCGCUCCAGUUCUUGAAGCCGGAUUUGGUGCUCUUCACAGGUGAUUUUGGCAACGAGAAUGUCGAACUUGUUCGAAAUGUUGCAAAACUUGAUUUUGCAAAAGCUGUAAUAUUGGGAAACCAUGAUUCCUGGAAAACGCAGCAAUUCUCUGGAAAGAGAAAAGAUAAUAUUCGGCAGCAGCUAGAAUGUCUUGGCGAGGAGCAUGUGGCUUAUCGACGGUUGGAUUUUCCUCAACUAAAGCUUAGCAUUGUGGGGGGACGGCCAUUUUCUUGUGGCGGUGAGCAGUUGUUCCGUAAAGACUUCUAUCUUCAGGGUGCGCCUUAUGGAGUUGAAGACAUGGAGCAAAGUGCCCGGAGAAUCUACAAAGCCACCAUCGGGGCUCCAGACGAUCAUUUAGUUAUAUUUCUUACCCACAGUGGACCUACAGGCCUUGGAGCUAACAUUGAUGACAUCUGUGGACGAGAUUGGGUAGAUGGUGGUGGGGACCAUGGUGACCCAGAUUUAGCGAUGGCCUUAUCCAGGUUGAGAGAGACUGCUAAUAUCCAAAUCCCACUGGUUGUCUUUGGGCACAUGCACAAGCAGCUAGCACACGGUAAUGGGGUUCGGAAAAUGAUAGCAUUUGGGCCCAAUGACAUGAUAUAUCUCAACGGUGCUGUCGUUCCCCGGGUGAGAUGGUUGACCCGACCAUUACCCAGUAAGGAUCAUGUCCAAAAUGAAGCCGGGAAUUCUCAGACUGACCAAACAGGCUCUGCUCGAGCAUUCACAGUAGUUGAGAUUAGGGAAAGAAAAGUGACUAAGAUCACAGAAAGUUGGGUUUCUGUUGUUGCUAAUCAGACCCAAUUAGAAGAAGAACAUAUUCUUUUCUAGAGACAGCAUGUAAUGAUCCUUAUAGCGGAGCCAAAGCACCUCAUGUAUUCAAAGGCAUCCGGGAAUGAUAAGCAAGCUUACGAGAAUCUUAGGUAGGAAAUGCUUUCUGGUGAAAAACGAGCUAGUCAUGUUGCAUAUGAUGCACUUCUUGUUGUGUGGUAACUUUCAAGGACAGCUUUGUCUAUACUUUACAACGACAAGCUGAUUGUGAAACAAAGUAGUACAUAGUUGAGGUCAUAUAUUCGUGC